GAAAACUUGCAUAUCAGUGAAAAUUCUACUCCUGAAAAUGGACUAGUUGUUGGCUUUGAAGAUCAAGAGAACAUGGCUAAUCUGCAGCAAAUCCCUAUGAGUGGACUCGAAGACAAGGAAAAUGUACCAUUAAGCGAGUGCAAGAAACAAGAUCCAGAAGAAGAUCCUCAGAUGGAUAAAGCUACACAAAAGCCUGACAUAGAUGGAUUCGCAGAUAGCUCCGUUAAGUCGGAGUUGGCCAUCAUCAAUGAUGAUUCAGAGAAUUUGUGGCAUUUUGAGCUGGAAGGCAAAUCAAGCUUUGAAGUUCCAUCAGUAGAUAAGGUAACAGCAGAAAGUGCACAUAACAAUCCAUUUGGUGAACAUAGCAGUACGGAAGUAGAAUAUGCUCAUGGAGUAAUUGGCAGCGGCAUGCAACCAUAUGUUAUACAUUCCCAUGAGCAAGGUUCAUUGGAUCAAUUGCAUCAUAAUGUAUCUGAAGGCUCACUAGAUCACAAUCUAAAAAAAGCAGGUGACAAGCAGGAUUCAUCAACAGCGGACCACAGAAUUUUCGAAGGCCACACAAAACAAGAUAUAAACCAUGCAGAAGGGUCAGAAAACUCAUAUAUUACUGAAAGUUGUACUCCUGGUAAUAGAGAAGUUAUUGGCUUUGAAGAUCAAAAACAGAACAUGGCUAUUCUACAGCAUUCUCUUAUGAGUGGACUGCAAGACAAGGAAAAGUUAUCAUUAACCGAGUGCGAGAAACAAGACCCAGAAAUAGAUCUUCAGAUGGAUAAAGAUACAAGAAAGCAUGCCAUAGAUGGAUUUCCUGAUUGGUCCCGUGAGUUGGAGCUAGAAAUCUUCAGCGGUAACAAGCAGCCAUCUGAUGGUUACCAUGAAAGUAUGGCAGAAAAGCAUUACAGAGCAGAUGAUUUAGAGGAUUUGUGGCAUUGUGGGCUUGAAAGCAAAUCUAGCUUGACAGCUCCACCAGUGAGUAAGGAAAUAUCAGACGAGGAUGCAUCUGGUGAGCAUAACAAUAAAGAAGUGGAAUAUGUUCACGGAACUGUUGGCAACCUUGGCAGCAGCAUGCAACCAUAUGUUGUACAUUCCUGCGAGCAAGGUUCAUUAGAUCAAUUGCAUAAUAUUUCAACUGAUGCUCCACAAGAUCACGAUCUAAAACAAGUGGAUGACAAGCAAGAUUUAUCAACAGCUGGUCAUAGCAUUUCCGCAGGCCACUCCGAAAAGGAGAUGAACAAGGCAGAAGAGUCAGAAAACACUCGUAGCACCGAAAAUUCUACUCCUUGCAAUGGAAAGGUUGUUGGUGCUGUAGAUCAAGAGGAGAACAUGGCUAAUCUGCAGGAAUUGCUUAUGAGUGGACUCCAAGACAAGGAAAAGGUACUAUUGACCGAGUACACUUCUAUCCUCCGAAAUUACAAGAAUGCAAAGAGAAGCCUUACAGAAAUGGAGAUAAAGAACGAGGAAUGUUUGAAUGAGAUGAAAGCCAUGAUGAGUGAACUACGGUGUGCCAAUGAAUUGAAGGACAAGGAGAUACGGUCACUGCGUGAACUCUUGAACUCUUCUACUGACAAAGAUGCACAGCACAGUGGCCAUCACAUAAAUACAAACACGACCGUGAGUUUCAAGAGUGGGUCUUUUAGGGGGCAUCGAAGGAUCCCAAGCUUUUUGCCAGUUCAUCAAAGGAGACAAAGUGCAUCUUCUAUUCAGAAUUAUAGCCCUAAAAAUAAUGCAAACCAUGAAGCCCAUAUGGAGGAUGAUGCAUCACAUGACACUGUUCUUGACCAAGAAAGCAUUGUUCUGGGUGACCACAGAUUAACUAAUAUUCUUGAGAUGGAGAACGCCUCACCUCUUGAAGACAAGUUUCGAAGAGACAUUGAUGGACUUUUGGGGGAGAACCUAGAGUUCUGGAUGAAGUUCAGCACAUCAUUCCAAAAGAUACAAGAAUUUCAGACCAAGCAUGAUCAGCUACAAUCAGAGAUUGGAAAGAUAGUAAAUGAGGACAAGCUCAAGGUGAACAGCGGACGGGCAAGUGAUCCUCCUGCAAAAGUUGAAUCUGAAGCCAUAGAAAAGCAGCUGAGAGAACUUAAGAUUGACAUGCAAGUAUGGUUGGAACAGAAUGCUAUGUUCAAAGGAGAGCUCCACUAUAGGUUUUCUUCACUCUGCAGCAUACAAGAGGAAAUCCAAGCAGCUAUGGAGAUGGAUGCAGAAACUGAGGAGGGAAUUCAAUUCACUUCCUACCAUGCUGCCAAAUUCCAAGGAGAGAUCCUAAACAUGAAGCAGGAGAAUAACAAGGUUGCGGAUGAACUGCAGGCUGGUUUGGAUCAUAUAAGAGGGCUCCAAGGAGAGAUCGAAAAGGUUAUACCAAAGAUUCUUAAUAGCCCAAGCUUAUCUGCGUCGAAAGGCUUUGGCACCUGGAGGAAUACACCCUCUAAAUCAAGAGUGCCACUCCGGUCAUUCCUCUUUCCAGCCAAGAAGAAGAAGUCCUCGCUGCUGGCAUGCAUGAAUCCGGCGUUACAGAAGCAGCACAGCGACAUGGCAUUCUUCGCUAAAAUGGAAUAGGACUUUGCGAAUGAACUAAACUCAUCAUGCAUGGAGCUAAAUAAACCGUCAAGCAUACACCACUAGAAAUAUGAUGUUAGGUUGUGUCCUCUCAAUGCCGGACAGUUCCUUUCAGGGCCACAUUCUCGCUGGGAUUAGUUAGAGUUUAUAUAUAUUAGAUGUUUAUGUUCAGAGGAUAUACUGCUACUAUACAUAAUUUACCUUCAUAAUGUUUCUAUGACAAUGAAUGUCUGAUUAGUCACAAAAGACAUGAUUCCUUGUUUGUGGGACUUUUUUUUUGAAUUCUUUGUCUGUGAGACACUUAUGAGGUUAGCUUGGGCUAUUCU